GUUUCCCAAAAAAUGAUGCCGCGGCUCGGUUCCGACCCCAUGUGGCCUUGGGUUACACCGUGCUUCCCAGAACCCUCUUGCCAAGCGGCAGAACGCCACUUGAGAAACCGACGCAGUCCGAAUCAGGAUGCGGAAAAGGACCUCGUUGACUCAAACUGGACGCGCUAGUGAUGCCAACUGCAUGAAACCGCUCACUCUGCUCCCAACAGCUCCAGUGAGGAAGUACCAUUGCUGGUUUAAAGUUACGCUGACGGCACAUCGACGAGGCCGAAGAACCCCCAUCGCCGCAUUCCAAGUUGAGCAACCGAGUGGUAUUACUUACCCCUAACCCCUGAAUCAAGUCGGCCUUCGGAACCACUUCACUUACACGGUCGGACACCACCAAGAAAGCCGCGAUGGCGACCCUCCGCGAGAACGGGGGCUUACACAUCGACACAGUCGCCCGCAUCAUCCGGAACACACUCCUAAACGAGUGGCUCGCUUUCCCGGCCGCGGCGGUGAUUACUUGGCUCCGCCAACCCAACUCGGUCGGCUAUCUGCGCCGGGCCCUCUGGUACGCGCGCCGCUACAACAUCCGGCUGACAUACCUCCGGCUUACCUGGCUCGGCCGCGUGGCUCUCUACCUCGGGAGCGCGGGCCUCUUACUCUCGGCCAACGACUUCCUCAACAAAUGGGCCUCCAACAACUGGACCGCCUCCCGGCCCGGCGAGUGGGCGCACUGGGAGCGCGAGAUCGUGGUGGUGACGGGCGGGAGCAGCGGGGUCGGCGCGCAGGUGGUGCAGGGCCUGCUGGCGCGCAACAAGCGCACGCGCAUCGUCAUCAUCGACUUUGCGCCGCUCCGGUGGACGCCGCCGGCGGGGGCGCUGGGGAAGAACCUGCACUACUACCAGGCGGACCUGUCCAAGCCGGACGCGAUCCGCGCCGUGUGCGAGCGGGUGCGCCGUGAGGUCGGCCACCCGACCGUGCUGCUCAACAAUGCCGGGCUGGUGCGCGGGUUUGGGCUGAUCGAGGGCUCUUAUGCUGAUGUCGAGGUCACGCUCAAGACCAACUUGACGGCGCCGUUCUUGUUGAUCAAGGAGCUUUUGCCGGACAUGGUUCGGAACAACCACGGCCACAUCUUCAACGUGUGCUCGACCAGCGCGCUCAUGCCGCCGCCGGAUAUCGUGGAUUACUCGGCGAGCAAGGCCGGUAUUCAGGCGCUGCAUGAGGGGUUAUGCAACGAGUUGCGGUCUCGUUAUAACGCGCCGAGAGUGAGGGUGACGAAUGGAGUCUUCAACUUCAUCCGGACGCCGUUGGUGAGCGGGACCUCCACGCAGCCGCAGUUCGUUAUGCCGAUGUUGCAUGUCGAGACGGUGAGCGAGGCGAUAGUGGAUGCCCUCUACAGCGGGUACGGAGGUGUGAUCUAUCUGCCCGGAGUUAUGAGAUAUGUUGCCAUGCUGAGGGCCGCUCCCGAGUGGUUUAUUCACACCUUCAUCGCGGGUACCACAUCUCGUCUGGCCAUCGAUUUCAAGGGGCGCCAGCGGAUCGAUGAGACGGGGGGUGUGCAGCCCGUUGACAAGAAACCGUGAGCUGAUGACCAUGGUGUUACUUUGUUGGUCAGUUAAGCAACAAGCGAAAUCCUUUUUGAAUCAAAUAGAGCAUCUAUAUUUCUAGUUACUUUUAACGUUGUUAACUCUCACUACACG